AUGGCCUGGAUACUGCGUGCAGAAUUCGAAUAUCUGUUAUGCCUCACCUCUGAGAGGCUGGAUGUGGCAAAAUCGCGAGCAUUGCUGCAUGCAGCACUUGACGCUCGGCUUCUGCUUACAGACGAUCCCUUGUACAACGCGUACAUUGACGCAGGCAAGGCUGCACUAAAGAACUACCUAGGAGAGGGAAAGGACAGACAAGGACUCGGAUGGCAGAGCCGCACUUUUCAGGCCGCGAUGAUGGCCUGCAUAUGCGACGAUGUCAAUUUAGCCCAUGUGUUCAAUGUAUUGAGGGUGGAGGAGCUGCUCGAGAACCUAGGGGACGAACUGUCGCCGAGUCAGUGCGCCAAAGUAAUGCUCGCUAUAAUCGGCGAAUUACACCUUGUACGACGCGAUAUGCAAACAGCAGCCAGCACCGACUCGCCUGAAUUUCUUGAGUUUAAGGAUAAAAGUAGCAAAUUCCUCCGAAAGGCUCUACAACUGCUGCUGUCCCUCAUUUCUGAAAGUGGCCGAGACCGAUUCUGCUACGUGAAGGAAGCUUUGAUUCAUCCGGAUGCCACCUGCCCCCGCCCAGCUCCUUUAACUAGUUGCAGUUUUACAUCAUCAGAAGAUGCAGCCCUAGUAAAGGCAUGGAGAGGCCGCGAGCCGUUUCAGCUGGCUCAGGUCUUACGGGAUGACUUGGACGCAAGUGCUUUGUACACCUCAUCUAUGUAUGCCCUAUAUAAAAGAGGAGAUGCAAUGUUUGAGACUCUUCUCCACAGCGGCAGCCUCCUUUCACUGUGGCACCGAUUGCACGCCAUCUGCAAGCGUCAUGAGGCACUCGGUCAAGAAGUAAUCAAGUGGAGUAUUGUCAGACAGGCUCCUAGACUCAACAGGCUGCGGCAGUUAAUUUUGACGCGUCUUAUCCAGUGCCUGUACCAACCCCAGUACAAACAGCCCCUUGGUGGCCCUGCAACUAACGGGGAGAAGAUGGGUAACGACGACGAAAGGGUCUUGGCAGGGCUCAUUGCAGAAAGCCUCGUUCUUUCUGGUGUGAAAGUGUGGUGCUAUGAGAGCAAAGCCCAAAAGCAACAGAUAUUACAAAUGGCAAGCAAAGGCGGAGCUGCACUUUCGUCCAAGUUGGAUAUACUGUUGUGCAUUCAAAUCGACAGAGGAUUCGUGGAACUGCCUCUGGGGCAGGAGUUGCCCGACCUCAACGGCCUGGCCAGUUUGUUUGCUGAAGCUUCUGGAAACAAACAUGUGGAUCCUUACGAAAGCAUGCAGUACACCGACAUGAACCUAUACACCCUCGUCCCCGAUACGUACACUUCAGGGAUCCGUGCCCCUAACUGGCCAUCGACAUCUUACAUAAUUGGUUCGCGGCUGCACCGUGCGACGCCUAACAUGGGAGUGCUGGACGAGUCACGUUUUUUCACCAACCCGAUGGUCACCGCCCUCUUAAACAAAAAUGCCCUCGAAGAAACAAUCGACGCCUUUAUUUCCUCUGAACCUGGCGAAACUGUUUGA